AUGGCAGCAAAAUCAAGACUUUUGAAGAAUACAAUUGAAUUCCUUAGCGAAAUCAUUUACGAUGAAAGAAAUGAAGCCGAAAAAAAGAGAAUUGCGGAACUUGAUGCCUUAGAGAAAGCAGAAGCUGAGAAGAAAAUGCGGAGACGUACUGAAGCAGCAAUUAUCAUUCAGAAACAUUGGAGAGGCUAUGUAGGUCGUAAAUAUUACAAAGAAUGUUUGCUGAAAUAUUUUCGGCAAAUAAGUUUGAAACAUUAUAAUUCCAUGGCAACUAAGAUCCAGAAAGUUUGGAGAGGAAAUUGGAUCCGACAACAUGUGUAUAAUUAUUACAAACGACAAGAAUAUUUCCAAGCUCUUGCUGAGAAAAAUGAAAUAAUGCUGAUCCGACUUCAGGAAUUCAGAGAUGAAAGAAGGAGGGUGCAAUAUGAAAUGGCUCGAACUAUUCAGAGGCGGCACCAAAAUGAACUUGUCCGUAAAUAUCAUCAUUUGGUUAGCACAAAAGCCAUUCCAGGAAUUUACAAUUCUCCUUACAGCCCAGCCGACAGCAGGGACUUGUUCCUAAAAUCUGCAAAAUUCAGAGUCAGUCCAUUGUCUAAAAAAAGAAAACAAAUGUCUUUUAAUAAGAAAUGUGAAAAAAUGUUGGAUUCUAUUAAAAAUCUUCCAAAUGUGCCAAAACAACAGGGGCCUUUUCAAGAUCCAAAGAAGGUUCAUUUUCAGCGGUACAAACCACCUCGACAAACUUUACGCAUGGAAACUGAUUUUUACCAUUUAGAAAAAGCAAGAAAAGCAAUGAUGGAUAAAGAAUGGACACACAGACUUCAUGAUGAUUUGUUUCUGCCAGUGAAAAACAGAGCAUCUCAAUACAAAGCAAAUAUGCAAAACAUGUCAGUUUACAUUCCUCUUGGACAAAUAACUUACAGAGAAAACGAUCCAUCUUUCAAUGUAGAUAAAAAGGAUUUCCAGCUGGUUUUGUCUCCAAUUCCUUUCUUUGAUGAAUUCCAAGAAAAAAUGGAAGAACUGAAACUUGAGAAAUGUGCAAAACUUACAGAGAAUGUUAUGUCAAGUUAA